CACGAUGUUCACUCAAGAACUUGUCUUGAAACUCUGAAACUCGAUCUGCUAUGCCGGCGUCAGAGCUAAGCGCAGCUCCGCUUUGCGUCGUCACUCAAUACGGGCUAUUGCGACGGCAUCACAUCAGUUUAUCGUGCGGUCUUGCGGUGUGACGACGUGCUGUGCCGUUUCGCCGUUGAUAUUGACGCUUCCGUCGUUUGCUUGCUUGAUCAAUUUGCGCUCGAUUACGUAUUGAUAGUUGUGUUUUUGUUAUUGUAUUAAAAUGCCGUGCUUAAUUUCCACUAAACGGAUGUAUGCACACAAGUAAUUCACCUGCCGACGGCUCGUGAGGUGGUCGCUUAUCAGCUAUGGCUGUUGUGUUGAUAACCAAUUGUGACGGAAAGCUGCAAGCUCGAGUCUGUCAGAAUCACAAACACACAUAAAUGCAGACAGCGGGUGCAAUUUAACGGGAGUACUUACACGUCGGCAAAAUUUUAUUUUCACUUUUAAGCAUUGUAAAUAUGUGCAAGUGUGUGCUUCAAACAAUUGACAAUCGAAAAUUUCAAAAAUACGAUUUAAGAUAGCAAAAAAUGGUGCCGAAAAAAGAAUUAGCGUGAAUUCGAUUUUUGGUAAUAAAGAAAAAUACACAAUAGUUGCUUGAAUAGUGUGCUAAAAAUUAUCAAAAAGUAAUAAUAACAAGUCUGCACUGUGUUGAAUAUUUACAAACACUAAAAUUCGAUCUCGAAGAUAAAAAACAAAAACAAAAGCAAAAGUAAUAAUAAUACAAUAGAGGAAUUAUACAACUAUCUGCUCUUGCUUAAAGAUAGUCCAAAGUGCUUUUAGUUAAUUGACAAGAAUAUUACAAAGAAAUACAAUAAAUGUUUAUGUGCGUUUUGUUAAUACAAACCAUUCCGCACUUAUUCCUGCUCAACCCACAACUCGCACAGUUUCGCAGUUAGGCGCUCCGCGGAGUUGUGGGCCCAAAAUUUACACUUCUUUCUCAAGCUGGGAUUACAAACCGCCAAAAUUGUGGAGGCACUUAAAAUGAAGACUGAGCUGCGUUCAUGCGCGGCAUGUGGGGAGCCAAUCUCGGAUCGGUUUUUUCUCGAGGUUGGCGGUUGUUCGUGGCAUGCCACCUGUUUGCGCUGCUGCAUCUGUCAAUGCCCGCUCGACCGACAGCAAUCGUGUUUCAUCCGCGAACGGCAAGUCUAUUGUAAAGCAGACUAUGGCAAACGCUUCGGCGCAAAAUGCUCAAAGUGCUGUCGUGGCAUCUCGGCGACGGAUUGGGUGCGUCGCGCACGUGACCUCGUCUUCCACUUGGCGUGUUUCGCGUGCGAUCAGUGCGGACGACAACUCUCCACCGGCGAACAAUUUGCUCUGAUAGACGAUCGGGUGCUGUGUAAGGCGCAUUACCUGGAAACGGUUGAAGGUGGCACCACAUCAAGUGACGACGGCUGUGAUGGUGAUGGCUAUCAUAAAAGUAAAACGAAACGCGUACGCACCACCUUCACCGAGGAGCAACUGCAGGUGCUGCAGGCCAACUUUCAGAUCGACAGUAAUCCGGAUGGACAGGAUUUGGAGCGCAUCGCCUCGGUAACCGGUCUCAGUAAGCGUGUGACGCAAGUUUGGUUUCAGAAUUCCCGAGCGCGACAGAAAAAACACAUUCAUGCUGGUAAGAAUAAAAUGCGUGAACCCGAAGGAAGCUCAUUUGCCCGCCAUAUUAACCUGCAGUUAACGUAUUCAUUUCAGAAUAACGCCCAGAAUGCUAUGCACCUGAACGGCAACUCAAAGGGCUUAUAUCCAACGCACGAAUCAUCCAUGGAUGAACUUUCGCAGGACUCGAGUGUGCAUUGCAUGCAAAGUGAAGUGUGACUGGAGCAUUUGAACCACCAUUAAAGGAAACAUGUACCAUACAUAUGUUCUAAACUAUUGGUGGCAUCGGAGAUAAAGCUACACACCUACACAUGCGCUCAAACAUACACUUAAGUGCGAAACUAGGAAAUCACAUUUCAACGGAGUUUUGUGUAUCAAAGCAAAAAAACUCGAAAACUUAAACCCAGUUAUACAUAUAAAAAUCAAAAAACGUCCUAACCUAGUCAAAAUUACGAAAACAAAAUGUUAUUGCAAAAAAAUUAAAUGCGGAAAUCGAAAAACGUCCAAAAGAAUGGCUAAAAGCAAAGGGCAAAAAACAGCGACUCCAGGCAAUUCUUCUGUCCAGCGGCCAGUAUUAAUCGUGAAUAUAUUUCAUUAUUUUUUCGAAACUAGCAGUAAAGUAAAAUUUUAAUUUAAAUUUAGACUUUUUCACUAUACAAAAUUCACAUUUAUUAAAAUUAAAAUUUGGUACAAAAAAGUAUUUAAAAUAGUCAACACUUUGGACAAAAGAAAUAUUUAAAUAAGAUGUCACUUUAAUUCCAUUAGCUUUCGAAAAUUCAGAAAACAUGAAGGUCAACCUUGAAGAGCAACACAAAUCAAUUCUAACUUUAGGCUUAGCAAAAACACAAAAUAUUUAUAAAUCAAAAGGAUAAAACUAGUAAUCAUUGUGACGCAACAAGUUCAAUUGAAGGCCACUCCGGUCAGCGGUGUGUGCAUGCUCAAAGCGUGCCAGUGUAUACUCGCAUACACACACACAUAUAUAAAUAUGUAUGUAUGCGGUACCGAAACACUUGCGCCGGCGCAGUGGCAUCAUUUCCAUGUAAAAAAGUUAAUUUGCAUUAACUCUAACAUUCCUUAAUUGUAAUUUAAGAUUCCAUUAGCAUUUACUUUAAAUCAAUUAUAACUGUUAAGUUUAGCAAAACAAACAAGCCAACAAAGAGUAAGCACAUACAAGUACAUAGAAAUGCAUAUGUGCAUAUGUAUAAAUAACUAGAACCCUGUAUAUAAGACCUCGUUUGCACCUGAAAAAAAAUCAUAAAAAUUAAAAAAAAUAUUCACACACACAAACACAAUUAUGAUCCGCGUACAUUUAGGUUUGUAUAUAAAUUUGAGCUAGUGUCUACGCCUAAUAUU